UGAUUUCCUCCGCACGGCGGCGGCGGCGGCGGCGCCUCGUGCGCGGUAUUUAUUUAUUUCCGGGCCCCGGCGCGCUUAUAAUGGAGCCGCUGUCCGCGGAGCCCUCCGCCGCCGCCGCCGCCGUCCCUCCUCUUUUUUUUCCCGGCAGAUCUUUGUUGUGUGGGAGGCCGGCGGGGAUGCGCUCGGGCUCGCGGCGCUGCUGCUAGAGCCGCCGCCCGCACCGCCGCCCGGACCGGACCGGACCCGACCCGGACCCGACCCCGACCGCGACCCGGACCCGGACCCCGACCCGACCCCGACCCGACCCGCCACAGCCCGCGCCGCGGCACAUGAGCGUGGGGGCGGCCCACGGCGGGGACUAUGGUGAAAUUCCCGGCGCUCACGCACUACUGGCCCCUCAUCCGCUUCCUGGUGCCCCUGGGCAUCACCAACAUCGCCAUCGACUUCGGGGAGCAGGCCUUGAACCGGGGCAUCGCUGCUGUCAAGGAGGAUGCAGUGGAGAUGCUGGCCAGCUACGGGCUGGCGUACUCGCUGAUGAAGUUCUUCACGGGUCCCAUGAGCGACUUUAAGAACGUGGGCCUGGUGUUUGUGAACAGCAAGCGGGACAGGACCAAGGCCGUCCUGUGCAUGGUGGUGGCCGGCGCCGUCGCUGCCGUCUUCCACACCCUCAUCGCUUAUAGUGACUUAGGCUACUACAUUAUCAAUAAACUGCACCAUGUGGAUGAGUCGGUGGGGAGCAAAACGAGAAGGGCCUUCCUGUAUCUUGCUGCCUUCCCUUUUAUGGAUGCAAUGGCAUGGACCCAUGCUGGCAUUCUCCUAAAACACAAAUACAGCUUCCUGGUGGGAUGUGCCUCGAUCUCCGAUGUCAUAGCUCAGGUCGUGUUUGUAGCCAUCUUACUGCACAGUCACCUGGAAUGCAGAGAACCGCUGCUCAUCCCGAUCCUCUCCCUGUACAUGGGUGCCCUCGUGCGCUGUACCACCCUGUGCCUGGGCUACUACAAGAACAUCCAUGACAUCAUCCCCGACAGGAGCGGCCCGGAGCUGGGGGGAGAUGCGACCAUACGGAAGAUGCUGAGCUUCUGGUGGCCUUUGGCUCUCAUCUUGGCUACACAGAGAAUCAGUAGGCCUAUCGUCAACCUCUUCGUUUCCCGGGAUCUUGGUGGCAGCUCCGCAGCCACGGAGGCGGUGGCAAUUUUGACGGCCACGUACCCUGUGGGCCACAUGCCGUACGGCUGGUUGACGGAGAUCCGUGCUGUCUACCCUGCUUUUGACAAGAACAACCCCAGCAAUAAGCUGGUGAGCGCGAGCAGCACGGUGACCGCCGCCCACAUCAAGAAGUUCACGUUUGUGUGCAUGGCCUUGUCGCUCACGCUCUGCUUCGUGAUGUUCUGGACUCCCGACGUUUCCGAGAAAAUCCUAAUAGACAUCAUUGGAGUGGACUUCGCAUUUGCAGAACUGUGUGUGGUUCCCCUGCGCAUCUUCUCCUUCUUCCCGGUUCCAGUCACCGUGAGGGCCCAUCUCACCGGGUGGCUGAUGACCCUGAAGAAGACCUUCGUCCUGGCCCCCAGCUCCGUGCUGCGGAUCAUCGUCCUCAUCACCAGCCUCGUGGUCCUGCCCUACCUGGGCGUGCACGGGGCCACCCUGGGCGUGGGCUCCCUCCUGGCGGGCUUUGUGGGAGAGUCCACCAUGGUUGCCAUAGCCGCGUGCUACGUCUAUCGGAAACAGAAAAAGAAGCUGGAGAGCGAGCCGGCGGCGGAGGGCGAGGACUCGGCCAUGACGGACAUCCCGCCGGCGGAGGAGGGCGCGGACGUGGUGGAAAUGCGGGGGGACAACGACUGAGCGCGGGGCCCGCGGGCGGCGGGGGCAGCGCGGCCACGUGACC